AUGGAAGCUGGAAGCCGGAAGCCGUCGUGGAGGUUGAGUCACCACAGAAGCAACAGCAGCCAAAGUGCAUGCAGUCGGGCCGCGCAGGCAGGAGCGACGCCGGAAGGAAGGAAGGUGCGCAAUGCAGACAGAGAGCCAAAGCCAAAGCCAGACAGGCAAGGGUCAACUGGUACGUACCUGACGUAUGAAAGCCGUUUGAGCACGGGAACGAACGGCUUAUGUGCUGUCUUCUGGCAGGACAAAGCAAUAGGGGCUAUGCUGGCAGAGCUGGCGUGA